AUGAAGGCGCUCAGCGUGACACUGACCUUCGCCGCCCUUCUGACCCUGAGCCGAGCCAUGCCGCUGAACUCCACCAACUUCUCCAAGAACUCGGGCCUCUGCGAGUACGUGACGCAGCAGGCAUUGAACAUCCUCGGAGGGUUCGUGCCGCAUUGCGAUGUUUACGGGAACUUCCUCCCGAAGCAGUGCUCCGGCUCCACCGGGUUCUGCUGGUGCGUCAACGUCAUCACCGGAGAGGAGAUCCCCAACACCAGGACGGCGCCGGGGAGCGUGCCCGUUAACUGUGACUUGGAGUUCUACUGUCCGUACGGCUGGUCCCUCUUCGGCCGGCAGUGUUUCCUCUUCAUCGACAGCCCGAAGACGUGGGCUGAAGCGGAGGGUUACUGCCUGUUUGAAGCCGCCAACCUGGCGUCCGUCCACAGCAACGUGGAGAAUCACUUCAUCCAGGCGCUGACGAGAGCCGACACCCACGACUUCCCCCUGACCUGGAUCGGAGGGAACGACUGCGUACAUUUCGGUUUCUGGAUGUGGAGUGACGGCUCCAAGUUUCAGUACGACAACUGGUUCGAGGAUUACAAGGUGGAUCGAAAGGAGCGAUGUCUGCAGAUGAAUUAUGAAUAUAACAAGAAGUGGCACUACGCCUUCUGCGAUGAAAUGCACCCCUUCGUUUGCGCGAAGACGAUCUGAGCAGGACAACAGCUGGAGGACGUUUCCUCUCCGUCACCGUGUCAUUGUCAUGUGAUAAAUAUUCAACAGUUUCCUUUUGUUUGCUCAGAUGUGUCUCUGCAGAGAAUUGUAAUUCUGACAACA